GCUGUCACUCCCCACUGUCAACCGUCUGUCAACCAGAUAUAUUUUGUACUACUCGCAGCUGGCAGAUUCCCAAUUGGAAGCCAUGGAUCUCUCUCAACUGGAUGACCAGUGCAAGUGGCGCCGGUCAGCGCUGGGCCUGCGGAAGGAGUACUUCGGGAAGCCGUGGAACUACUGCUUUCGAGUGCCGCGCGAUCCCUGCCAGCUCUUCAAGUGGAUCAUCUCGCUGGACCUGCCCAGGCUGGAGGACGAGACCCCGCCCUGGAGCUUCUACUCCGACCUGCUCGAGGCCCGGACCGUCCAACUGGACCGCAGUCCGCACAGCGGGAAGCUGCUUGUGAGCCUCGGAAGCCAGACGGUGGAGCAGUCCACGUCCGCAUCUGAGCUCACGACGUCAUCUGCAUCCGAGGCUGAGGUGCUCACAGGGUCGGUGGAAAUGGAAAGGGCGGUGGAGAUGGGAAGCGAUCCCGACAUGGAGGCCAGUGCUCCGGGAGCAACGCCGCCCGAUAACCAGCAAGCGAAGAGUCCCCGACAACUUGGCUCCUUGGUGAAGAAGAUGGUGCUGACGGUGUCCGUGCUGCACUCGCUCUUCGUCCUGUCCAGGAUCGCCCUCGGGGGCUCCCAUGCCGGCGGGUGGGGCGCCUGGCCAGGAGUCCCGCCUCCGGCGCAGAUCGACGAGACCCCCUGGUGCCUGCCCGCCGGCGCCUGGCAGUACUUGGUCAGCAAGCUGGGCGCCCUGCGCAGUGCGCAUCCCUAACUCCGCUCCUGGGAUCUCAGCGCGGACUGCGAUAGUUUCGUUCCGGCUAUUUUUAAACCCAUCCCGCUAUAUUUACGCCUCCGGGCUCAGCUGUGGCUCUUCCCCGCCCCCGCCCCCGCCGAUGUCGCCGUCGCCGUCGUCCACUGUUUGCUGUUUGCUGUUCUCGUUGUUGGCGGCGAGUCGAUUGCGAGCACCACGGAGAGCCCGAAUUGGGGGUCGUUGUUGUUGUUGUUGUUGCGUUCCCAAGCAGCCAAGCACCCCAGCACCUAUCUACCCCAGCACCUAAGCACCCAAGACAACCACAGCGACAACGAUCCGGAUCGGCGAUAAGCCCGGAAUGUACAUAAGUCUCGGUCAACAGCUCGCCGAUCCGAUCCGAUCCGUAGCCAAAUAAACGCCAAGCUGAGUCCCCAGCUCUAAGCUCUCUCCCUU